UUGAUGCUACCUGCUGCAAUGGGUGCCUGCCGACUUGUACUAGUCGUUCACUUCGGUAGUUAUCAGCUAUCACGCGCUCAAACCACGCGCCUUGGGUUCGGUUCACCUGCCAUUGGAGGAAAAAACUCUUUUGCGCGUCAUACCUCUCUUGCCAUUGGAUCGGAGAAACCUCUCAUGAAUGACCGGGUCUCUCCACCGAACAACUUUAACCACAGAACUUUGCACGUCAGGGUCAAGCCCUACUCCCUUCGUCAUGGCUGGCGAUGAUUGCCAAUCCUCAGCCAUUAUAGAGCGCUUGGAUCGCGAUCCGACAGCUUGGAUGAACUGACUUGUUGCCAUUUAACGGGACCCUUAGAGCAACUUCAGUAGGACUUCUAAAUUUGAGUGAGCAAAUGUCCAUUUAGAAGUCCACUUCUAAAUUUUAUUCACCUAAAUAUGUGCCUCCACUCCAGCAGACUAAGUAAAUUAGGCUUACAACAGUUGGCAGCCCAAAUAGAGGGCCACUAAAUUGGGGGUGGGGGGAGAAAUUUGGAAGGCCUACCCAAAUAGCAGUCAAUUUGCUCCCCCUGCUGGAGAUUGAUUUUUUAUGUCAAUCGACUAAAUCUUCAUAUGGAAGUCCAUUUGCUCUCCCUACUGGAGUUGCUCUUAGAAUAAAGCACUCCAGAGAGUAGAUUGACGAUCACCAGCACACCAACCGCAACUUGACUAUAGAGAUCGUGAUUCGUGAAGAAAGAGCUUGUGAGCGAAGGCUUGUUGGAGUGCUUGGAAACAUCGCACACGACCAGUGUAUGUGGAUGUCUGCCUCACCAGUCACCAAGACUUCGCUCAACAUUUGACCCCUUCCACUGCUUUGACAUUUGUCCUCUCACCACACUUCCUUUGCUAUAUAGCCGGAACCGGAACAGCAUAGCUCCAAAUUGCCAAUCGGUGAACAAAUUACGCGUCAUCACCAUCACCGUUCACCAGGCACGAACGGAGAGCUCGCUCGAGAGCCAUGUCGAGGCCGCCGGCGUCGUUGCUCCUCCUCCUCCUGUCGGCGGCGACGCUCGUCGCCACCUGCCGCGGCGACCCCGAGCCUGUCCAGGACUUCUGCGUGGCCGCGCCACGGGGCGACGGCGAGGCGGCGUUCCCGGGCCUCCCGUGCAAGCCGGCGUCGACGGUGGUCUCCGACGACUUCUUCUUCGCGGCGCACGCGCGCGCGGCGAGCACGGACAACCCGAUGGGCUCCGCCGUGACGCCGGGCAACGUGGAGGCGUUCCCGGGGCUCAACACGCUCGGCCUGUCCCUCAACCGCGUGGACCUCGCCCCCGGUGGCGUCAACCCGCUGCACAGCCACCCGCGCUCCGCCGAGCUCGUGCACGUCGAGGACGGGGAGAUGCUCGUCGGGUUCGUCAGUACGGAGGGCAAGUUCUACUCCAAGGUGGUGCGGGCCGGGGAGAGCUUCGUGAUCCCGCGCGGGAUGAUGCACUUCCAGUACAACGUCGGCGCCGGCGCGGCCAGGGCCAUGACGGUGUUCAACAGCCAGCUGCCCGGCGUCGUGCUCGCCGCGCAGUCCCUGUUCGGGGCCGAGCCGGAGAUACCCGACGCCGUGCUGGCCAAGAGCUUCGAGGUGGACGCCGAGAUCAUCAAGCUCCUCAAGUCCAAGUUCCGGAAAGGAUAGUGGCCAGGCCAUGGUGUCCCCAGACACAUGGCGGAAGCUGCUCGCUAGAUUGGUCGUUCCAUAGUAGUAUAAUUUUGUUCGAGUACAUAAUUGUUUUGCAUUUGAUACUUUGAUUCGAUAGUUGGAUGAUGAUGAUCAAUAAAGUUCAUACACAUAUACUAAAAAAAGGUAAACAUGAAAACAUCAUGGAAAAGAAAAUUUUGUUUCCA